CACUCCUUACAGUUAAGCUCACAAUUAGGGUAAAUUUGUUGUUCAGAUGAUCACAACAAGGCUCCACUGAGGACUACAGUUCCCAGAAGGCAUUGCACCAUCCUCUGCUUGCUUCUGCUUGUGAUUCAGUGCCUCAGGAGUGGGAGGAGCUGCCUCAAGGGCCUGAGGAGGGCUGCCUGGAGGAGCUGUGCCUGGGAGGCAGAGGACUGGAGAAGGAGCCAUGAAGAGGGGAGGUGAAAUUUUUGACAGUGACAGUGAUGAGACAGUAGUGGAGGGCUCAGUAAUUGAGAGUGACCUAGACGAAGAGGAGCUGCACGUGAAGAGGUUAUCUUUUGUUAAUAAAGAAGUAUCUCUAACAACUGAAACCAUCUUUUCUGCCGAAAUAAGAAGAGUAAAUGGAGUUUUAGAAAACCUCUCCCCAGAGAUUCAGCUUGUCUGUAAAUUCAGUGAUAAUCUAAAAAAUAUGAAGCAAAAGAACCAGAUAAAUCCGCUGGCUCAUGAGAUGAGUGCAAGUGAACAAUCUCAGUCUCUGCUGCAGAGUGCAGUAUUUACUACAAAGAUUUGUCAGCCUGAUCUUCCACUAAAUGCCUCAGUAGGUUUAGAUACUGACAUGUCUGGAUUCUUGAAAACAGAGAGAAAGAUUUCACGUCAAUUAAAUGAUGAAGAUGACUCUCCAGAAGGAAGCCUACUGUCAAGUGUAGUUGUAAAAGAGACAUUAAUGGCUCCAGAGGAAUGGACACCACAGAAUGUAUUUCCAUGUGUUUUAAAAGAUUGUCAAAGUGCCACUAUGACCAUUACUGAGAUAGAUACUAGGGAGAAAGAUAAUUCUCUUGAGAAGUCUAUACCUGACUUUAUUUUAUCAUCAACAUCAGAGAAGAUUUCCAGGGAAAUAUUAACUGUACAAAGUAUAAUGGGUGAUGAAUUUGAAAUCAGAGAUUUGCUGAAAGCACUCCGUGAUUCAGAGAGUCCAGAAAUGAUAAACCCUUUGCAUAACACAUUACAAUGUCAAGGUGAUGCUCUAUCUGUAGAUAUAUCAGUAGAUGAGAACAGCAAUGUUCUGCCACUAGAGCUUCUGACAGCACUGAACUCCUUUUCAGAGUCUGUAGUACAGCCUGUCUGUCAAUUAGUAGGGAAGAAAAGAGAGCUUAAUGCUGAAGAAGAACAUUUGAGAUCAGAACCCAGUAUUUUCCAGAUAGAUGACUGCACUCAAAUAACUGAUGACAAUUUUGAACCUCAAUUUUCUGUGAAGCAAUUGGAAGAAAUAAAAGCUUUAACAGAGGCUGCAUUUCAGAGUACUUUAGAUGAAGAACUUUUAGGUAACCAGAAGAACCAGGAUUUGAUAAUUUCUGAUUACUGCAAUGUCGCCUCUUAUGACAAACAAGCUGGUGAAGGAAAUUCAGGUUCAAUAGAAAAUACCUCAGGUAUAGAAACUACCAAAGCAACUUCUUGUACAUUAAGGAGGUCAACUCGAUUAAGAGAAAACUGCACUAGAAAGCACAUAAAUGAAGCUUCCAGUUGUUAUAAAAUGCUAGAAGAAACGCACCAGAGAAUAUAUAGUAAUGAUGAAGAAACAGGAAAUAAACUUUCAUCUAAAGAUUUUGGAACCCAAGACUCUGCUUGUAACGACAGCAAAGAACAGCGUUCAGAGCUGGAAGCCAAUACAUACCAAGGAUCAACUAUGGAUGUAAACAGCAAGGUUGAGCAGAUGAGGAAAAGCCAAAGGCUUGCAAAGAAAAUUACAAAACAAAGCUCUGUUAAAAAAAUUUCAAAUAGUGCACCUGUUGCCUCCAUUCCUCUUUCAAAAAUCUGUAGGAAAAAUCUUUUUGGUGAGACCUUACUGCAUAAAGCUGUUGCUGAAGAUGAUACAGACCUUGUACGCAAAAUUAUAAAAGUUGGUGCAAAUGUAAAUGUUCAGGAUUAUGCUGGUUGGACUCCGCUACAUGAAGCCAGUGUGGCAGGUUUUUAUAAGACAGCAAAUGAGCUUUUGAAAGCAGGAGCUGAUGUUAACUGUAAAGGAAGUGAACAAGUAACGCCAAUACAGGAUGCAGUUAAAGAGGGCCAUUAUGAGGUGGCAGAGUUACUGCUUUGGUAUGGAGCUGAUCCGUUAUUCAAAAAUGAGAUGGGAAAGUGUGCCUUUGAUGAAGCUACUGACCAGCGUAUGAAGAAACUGCUUGAAAGUUCUAUAACUAAAUCUAGAAGAGGUUCAACAUCAGCUAAAAAGGAUGUAGAGAGUACAUUAAAUGCUCAAAGAAUAAAUGACACACAUCAGCAUCAGUUGGAAGUACAUUCAGAGAGCACAGUUCACAAUUCAGGUGUUCGUAAUAAUAAUAAUAUAUCAAAGCAAGGAUUUGUCAACUUUGAACAAAGUAGCAAAGAGAAUUCAAUAAGAAAUGCCAAAGGUUCCAUCUCCAGAGUUUUUGAGGAUCAAAGAUUGUUGAAUGAAAAAAACUCAAAAGAUACAAGACUGGUUCCAACACAGACAAAGAAAUCAGCAGGAACUGCAAAAAAGAUUGUAUCUAUCGAGAAUGGCAGUGAGUACAAGACAAUUGUGUCUCCUUCAGAUACAUCUAGAGACAAAACAAGAAGCAGAAGCCACAAAACAUAUGACCCUCAUGUUGGACAUAACACUGGGCUCACAGUUAAUACCUCUUUCUCAAAAAGAAUAACUAGGUCCUCUGUACAUCAUAAUUAUAGUUCAGAUGAUAUUUGUGAAGUAGGGGAAAAGCCCAGCAUACCCAAACAGGCAGAAAUUCAAAAAGAACAUGACUUCUGUAAUAGUGAUACUCCAGUUUCAAAAGAAAGGGAGAAGACUUGUGGAAGCAACAACAAACCUUCAAUAAUAAUGACAGACCAGGUAACUAGUUUACUGUGCACUGAAUCCUCAAUUCCUGUAGUAAAAGCAUCUACAGAGCAGUCUGAGAAUGUUGAGUUAACAGAACUUGAUUCUCACCCAGUACUUUCUUUGUGUAAAGAAAUCAGUGUGCCUCUUGUGACUGCAGAGCAAUGUUUUAUGAAUCAGGAUAAUGAACGCCAUUGUCUUAACCACAAUAAAGAUGGUAGCAUGGGCGACAAGAGUCUGACUGUAGCUAAGAGAAUAAGUGGUAUCCACUUUGUUGAAGAAAAUAUCAUUUACAAUGAGAAUAAUAGACCAUCAGACCAAGUUCUUUUUUUGGAAAACUCCAAAGAUCAAAUUAUCUUUGAUAUCGAAAGAGACAGAAUUAAUGAGGAGGAACAAAGUUUAAAACACUCUUUACCUCUUUUUGAAGAUAUUUCUUUACAGGGAAACCGGCUAGAAUCAGAAAGCCUAACUGCACUUUCACCACAGGGAACUGUAAACCUCACUGAUUCAGGCUAUACAGUCCUAUCUGAACAGUAUAUUGACAAUGAGAAUCAAAACAUUUAUAAAAAUGUGUCUAAAGAUGUAGAUAACUGUACUUUACAAACACUUCAAACAAGUACAGAAAUACUUUCAUUGCAUGAAUUUUCAGCAGCUGUUAAUAGAGCUAGUGAUUCUGAAAGUCCUGAGAAUUUUAGCAUCAGUGUGCUAAGGCCUUUUGUUCAUCAAACAGAUGAGGGAAUGAGGAUGAUGCUAAGCACAGAAGGAAGCAAUGGAAGAUGCUGCACGGAGAAAAUUGAAGAUGAAAUGAAUUCAGAGAUUAACACAUCUACAGCUUUACAGCUACAUGAAAAAGUAGCAUUUCAAGUGAAAAGAAAGAGACAGGACCUUCAGGAAAUCAGCUUAGGCACAGAUUUGUAUUCCACUAGUUGUAUGAACAAGAAUUCACUUCAUCCAUCUCAGCUGACCCAAGAAACAGAGCAGGAAACUUCCCAAAAAUCAGAUGAGGGAAUGACUGCUGAGAGAAGUGGAGAGCAAAGCACUGGAAAAUGUUGCAUUGAGAAAAGUGAAGCAGAAAGAACUGCAAAGAAUAAUACUCCUGUAACGUUACCAUUACUUGAAACAGAAACAAUCCAAACUAAAAGAAUAAGACAAGACCUUCAGGAGACCAGACAAAACACAGAUUUAUGUGCCAAUAACAGUAAUUCACCUAAUCUAUCACAAUUCAGUCAAGCAGCAGAACAGGAAAUGUCUGAGAAAUCAGAGUCUUCACUAUCAAGCAAAGAAGGGAUAGCAGCUGUAUCUGCUCAGCCUACCCAUAUUAUAAGAGCUGGGAUAAAAAAGAGAAAUGCCAAAGGGGAAAGUCGCCUGCACCUGGCUGCUAAGAAAGGAGAUUUAUCUUUAGUGAAAACUCUUAUAGCAUCUGGAAUAUGUGUUAAUCUAAAGGAUAAUGCAGGCUGGACAGCAAUUCAUGAAGCUUCCAACAGGGGAUUUACUGAUGUGAUCUUAGAGUUACUAAAAGCUGGUGCUGAUGUUAAUAGCAAAAGCCUGGAUGGGACUUUACCAAUACAUGAUGCAGUUUCUGGCAAUUAUUUCAAGGCAGUCAAUAUUCUACUACAUCAUGGAGCAAACCCUAAUGAGAAGGACAAGUAUGGAAAAAAUGCUUUGGAUGAAGCAUGCAAUGAUAAAAUGAAGGAAUUGCUUAAGUCUUAUGGCGCUACUGACAGUGACGUUGCUUAUGCAACAACUGAGGUUACUGGUCCUUCUAGGUCAAGAAGACCAACACAUACUUAUUGUGAUUGCUGUAAAAAGACUGAUAUUCCAUUGGUUUUGCACCAUGAUAUGACCAGAGAAAAAUGUGGCACAUAUGAGUCCAUCAUUGCUACGUUACAAGAUAUAGAAAAGAAGCAGGAAAAACUGUCGCUGUUUGAAGUAAGAAACCCAAAAGAUGAAGGACUGUAUAUUCAUGACCUGUCGCAGAUACAAGACACUUUGAACGAAGUGCUUGCCAAACAGAAAGCAGAAAGGGAUGUCCUAGCUAAAAAAUACAGGGCUUCAGUGGAGUCUUUUAAACAAGGAGCACUGAGGGAACAACUAGUUAAACUUGCUUCUAGGCAAAAGAGUCUUUUGGUUGUGGCACAAAAACAGAAAGAACUAGGCCAAAAAAUAAAAGACUAUAGGAAAGCAAAGCAAGUGCAUUCUAGAUGUUCAAAAAAACAAAUCCCAGACUCAAUUAUUUCUCAGGAAAAGGACAAUAGAGAUGAUCUGACUGUUGAUGAAAUAGUUCAUCCUAAUGUAGUAACAGUAAGUAUAGACUCUGGUGCCAAAUUGGCUAAUGGAAACCCUGUGGAAACACUUCUCCCUGGAGAAGAUAAAUUUUCAGAUCAAGAAUACAGCCAACAUCCAAACAGCUGCUUAGAUGAGACAGGAGCAAAUGAAGAGGCAAGUACAAGCAAUGAAGUUUCUUCCCAUGCUUUGACAUAUGAAGACAAGGUUAGAGAAUAUACCUUUGAUAAGACAUCAAAAUCCAUAGAUACUAUAGAAAUGGUAACAUUGCCGUCAGAACCUGUUAGUUGCAUUACUCCAACAAAGUGCUCACAGCAAGAAAAAAAUAAUUAUAUAGCAAUUGCAGUUCAAGGAAGCAAGUCUCCAAAUCCCAGUCCAGUAACCAGCAUGUUAAAUAUUUCAGAAGCUGAAAGCUUUAUCAAUAAUAAUAUCCAUCAGCCAAUUGCUGAUAGCCAACAGGUUCUCAUUGGUAAGACUCUGCAAAGAUGUGGACAUAGGAAUGAAGCUUCCCAGAAGCAACCAAUAGUGGUGUCAGAAUCUGCAGAAAUCUCUCCUAUUACUCUUCAGCAAAAUAUCUUCCAAAAUAAUAGACCCUCAUGUAAUGCUACAGGUCUGGUCUCAUAUGUACCUUAUCCAGUAAACAGCUGUCAAAAUUCUUCUUACCAGUACUCUGAUAAUCAGGAUAGUGAACAACCACAAUUGAACUGCAGAGGAAAUAGAAGGAAAAAAAAUCGACUGAAAGAUCUGCUUGAAUUAGGAAAGAUUAAACCAGGAGAAAAUGUUCUAGAAUUCAAACUGCAGGACUUCAGCCAUAAAGUCGCUCUUUUGGAAGAUGGUAAAAUCAGAACGAGCGACAAUAGAACUUAUGGGAAUCCAGUUCAAUGGGUUAAGGCACUAUUAGGAAAUGACAUUUCUGUGAGCUGGAAGUAUGUGUGGAAUAAGGUCACAUACCUUGGAACAGAGCUGUCAAAAAUUCUUGUUGAAGCAGCAUGUAUUCCCAGUGAACCAGAAUUACCAGCACAACAAAAACAGCCUUCUGGUAUGAUGCAUUUUGUAACAUUGGACUCAGGCAGUCACACAUGGUGCCACUUCAGUCACGGUACUACCCCCACCUUUCAGCACAUUGGGAGUUGUAAAGCAGACAACAUGCAGCAAAAUAUUCCACCGCUUCCACAAAUGGAGAAAACAGGAAUACUGCCAUCCCUUGAAGUAGAAGCUGUGGAAGUACCACCUGUGUCCAGAAAAUUAAGAACUAAGACUUUUUAUUUAGCACUGGCUAGGAAGCCUUAAUCGUCCCUCCAGUCUGACUCCGUAAAAAACUCCAGAAGCUUUCUUCAGUUAAAUGAGAUAGUAUUAAUAAAUAACGAGGAACUUCUGCCAUGUCAUAUAAUGGAUCAGCAUUGGAAGUUCUAUGUGGAAUGUGAGAAUUUUGGAUUUUAAGAACUUUUCUGAUUUAUAACAUUUUUUUCUUCAUCAGUUAAGAGUAAAACUGACUUUUUAGAAUUAAAUUGCCUUGUUACUAGCAUUUAAAUAGCUUCUUUAGCCUGGUAGUCUGAAUGUAAAUCAGAUGUGCUAAAAUAUUACCCAGUAUCUGGAUUUAAUACAAGACACUUAAUUUGCAGCAGCUGAAGAUAAUUGUCAAUGCUGAAUUCAUGUUUUGUUUUACUAUUGAGACAAGGGAGUGUAGAGGCAAACAAAGUCCUUUUAUAAAUUUGGCACUCACCUCCGGUCAUUCUCAAUCCUAGCAUAGGUGAGUGCAACUCCAUUGACAUCAGUGGCAUUAUACCUGCUUACACAAAGGCUGAAUAUUUCCUCACUUGUCCAGAUAAAAGCAUCACUGACAGUCAAUUUGCAAUUAACUUUAGAGGCAGUCUACUUGAGCACAUGCCACCCUAAAUGACUGCAA